GUGAAAGUAGUAUGGAAGUCGAUUUUCUGCGAAAAUAAUCAUAAUUAUCAUUGAUGGACAUACAAAACCGAGGCUAUUAAAAACCAUAAGCUACAACAAUGGACGAUGAAGCUGAAGAGAGGAAAAUCGAUGAGAUAAGGAAGUGGUCAUCUUUUGUAUUGGAUGACAUAAUCGAAAGCAAUGAGAGGACAAAGAAAAAGCUGCAUCUUUUACAGAAAGACAUGGAUGCGGGAUUUGAUCUUAAAGAAGAAAAUGUCAGAGCACUUAAUCUGAUAUCUUAUCUCCACUGGAGGUUAGGUGAAAGAGAUAAAGCCUUUGAAGCACUGAAAAAAGCACAAGUAGUCAAAAAAAGCGGUAGUCUAAUUACUUUGUGUAAUGAAAUUUUAUUUCACUAUGAAGUUAGCGAGUUUUUCCAGUCCCGUAAAUUAUCGGAAAACGUUGAUACACAUUUAAACCAUAAAGAAACCCAAACUCGGGCAGUUGCAGAGAUCGCAUACUUUUACUCACGAUUUGGUCCUCGACAUCACGAACAAGCUGUCCAAUUAUUCCGUAAAGCAAUAGAUGAAUUGAAACCAGAGAGAAAUAUUCUCUGGGAAUUUGGACUUGCUUUAACUUUACAAAGGCAGUCUCAUAUGUUUCAGAUGACAGAUCCGGAAAAAUUUAACCCUGAGAAGAAAAGAAAGGAAGCGUCUAGUAUUUUGUAUGGGAUUGUAAAGUAUACAGAGACAGACAUUUUACCUGAAUACCGCCAAAUAAUGGGAAAAGCAUGGUGUCGGCUAGGCACUAUCUUAACAAAAAAUGAAAACUUAUUUAAUAUAGUCAACAUCGACGAAACAAAAACAACGAAAAUUAACCAGAAGUUGUGUUUUGAGGAAGCAUUAAAUUUAUGUCCCAAUAACUAUUUUAUUCUUCAGUCGUACGGACAACAACUAAGAUAUUGGUGGGAUCUGGAAAAAUCAAGAGAGAUGUUAGAGAAGGCAAACCAAAUACAGGAUAUGCCUUUCUCAAGACAUCAUUUAGCAAUAACAUUAAAAAAGAUAGUUGAAAAAGACACACCAAAGCCAACAUGCAGAAGAAAUUUGAUUCAUUCCUUCUCUGCUGAAGAGAGGCAACACAUUUUGGAAAGAGAACAAUAUGACAGUGGUAAUUGGUCUAGUAGGGUUACCCCGCUGUCAUUGUUAAUGAUUCAUCAAACAGAAGGACAAAAUUCGAUGCAAGAACAAUAUGAAAGCGGUAUUUGGUCUAGUAGGGUUACCCCGCUCUCCUUGCCAAAAGGCCAUCAAUUUCAAGCAAUAGGGCAAAGUCAACACGAUUCAAAGCAAGAACAAUAUGACAGUGGUAUUUCUAGCAUGGCCAGUCAAUUCUCUUCAAUAUCUUUAAGUCAUCCAAAAGUCGAGCAAAGCUCAAUGUACUUGAGAGAGGAUCCCAAUACCCAGAGAUACCAGAGAGCCAGACCAUUUGUUAGAAGAUCAUCAAGGACAAGAAGAUCUGCAAGAAAUGGGGCUAGAGGGUAUAAUCCUAGAUAUGCAUGCAUGUCAAAAGUCGAGCAAAGCUCAGUGUACUUGAAAGAGGAUCACAAUUCUCAGAGAUCCAGACCAUUUGUUAGAAGAUCAGCAGGGACUAGGAGAUCUGCAAGAAAUGGAGCUAGAGGGUAUGCUCCAAGAUUUCAGCAAAGUUCCAAUACACCAUUUUUUCGAUCCCAAUCAGAUCCUGUACAUACAACUCGGGCUUUUAAUGCAAUGAGAAAAUCGCCGAUGUCUGUUUGCCAUUCUCCCGAUAAUCCAUUAUUAAUAGAAGCUGUAUCACAUCUCGAAAAAGCUCUGGAAAUGGAUAGAGAUUUUAACGUUGCUCGCUAUGAAUUAGGACUAAUAUAUCGCAUGUUGGACAGGACCAAAGAUGCACUGGACUGUUUUUCUUUUAUUACAUCUAGAAAUUGCGGAAAACCAUCUGAAUACAAAAUGACUCUUAUAAAUGCUUUUGAGCAGCAAGGUAUUUGCAAGUUAAAAUUGAAAUCUAAAGAAAAUGACCAAGCAAAAAAGGAAGAACUUCAAUAUGAUGCAGAAAAGAGCAUGUGGAAUGCAGUCACAAUGAUAUCAGGCAUAAUUGGAGCUAUACCAGAUUUAAAAGACUCAAACCAUUGCUUCCCAACAUUGAAAAGUUUGUUGCUGAAAGGAGAUGAAUCUCCAAAAACUCUUAAAGAACUAGCAAAAUUACACGAACUUCUUAAAUUUUAUGAAGAAUCCAUUGGAUUCUACAGAAGGCUGAUUGAAACAGAAUCUUAUGAUAAUACAACCGUGAAAAAACUGAUACAAAAUUAUAUAGAUACACGUGACUUCGAAAACGCUAUUUGCACUUUAUCGUUACUGCAAUGUACUAAUGAAACAGAUGCUUUUGAAAAAUCAUUUUAUGUGGAUACAUAUAUUAAAGGGGCAAACGAUUCAUUGGCAAAACAAAAUUUUGAAAUGGCAAAAAUUAGGCUUCUGAAUGCAUAUCAGACAAUAUUUCCUAAUCGGUCCUCAAGCGGUCCGGAGGACGAUUCAAAUUCAUUUGAUGUGCUCGUUCUUCACAGCUGUGACGAGGGCAGUGCUUGUAAGCAGAAAAAUUUGAUCACGUCCACUCUGAUGUCAUUUGUUAAGUUAAAUGUAGCUGUAAAUAAUGACGACUGUCCUCCAUUUCGUAAGGAAAUGACUUACUUAAAGAAAGUACUGUUGGACUCUUCCUGUAUUAUUGUGCUAUUUCAUCAAAGUUCAGCUAAUCAUGAUAAUGUGUCAGACUUUGUAGAUUUGGCGAUUGAGAUGAUUCCUUGUAGAUAUCGCACGAAAACGUUGGUAAUUAAUAACGAAGGAAAUGAACAUGAUUUACAGGUUUGUAAAGAGUUGAUUCUCUCAGCGGAGUUUUGGGACAACAAAAACGAGUUAAGCAUAGAAACUCUAAACCAAGGUACUCUAUUCUCUGACAUACUGACGAAAUUGUCGGAAAUGUUUAUAAAGGAAAAUCAAAAAUUGAAAUGAGAAAGAAUAUAAUUUUAAUAAUGCAAGUCAAAUUACAGUGAUAUAAUAUAUACAAUUUUUUUUAAAUGUUUUAUUUUAUUAAUUUGGA